ACGACGACGCGCAUCUGCUUACGUAACGUAAACCUACUGCUCUGCUUUUUACAAAGCAGUUGCGGCUUGAUAAACGUUACAUAAAUGACUUGAACACACGUUCAUGUCAUAAUGACAAUAACGAAUUAUAUUUUAAAAAUUAACGCGUGACUUUCAUACACUAUUCGGCGUUUGCUCAGUCAGAAGAAAUUUUGUUCAAAAUUCACAAUCUACACAUCCUCCUACAAUAACGGACAUUGAAAUUGGCGCAGUCGCAAGUAUUUUCGUGGUGUGAAAGGGAAUAUGAAUCAGCUGUCGGGCGGUCAAAAAAUGUUUACAACUUUACCCAUCUACCUUCUGAAUGGAUAUGCGAGCCGCUCGCCCUUACAAUUUCGGAAUACGAUAACACAAACUUCAAAAUUGCUACUAAAUAGUAUUAAAGGAAAUCUAGUCGUUUGUAAAUUACACGGAAUUGGCAGUGAUGUCAUAUGCCCCGGAAAGCUGUGCGGUUUUGACUUUUUGCGAGAUCCACGCCUUAACAAGGGGCUAGCUUUUACAUUAGAAGAAAGACAAGCUUUAGGUAUACAUGGCCUGCAACCACCUUGCUAUAAAACCAUGGAGCAACAGGUCGAACUAUGUAAAAUCGCGGUGGAAAGAUAUAAGGAGGACCUUAAUAAAUACUUGUACUUAACAGAAUUGCAUGAUCGUAACGAAAAGUUAUUUUAUCGUCUACUAAGCGAAAACGUACAGCAGCUCAUGCCAAUUGUCUACACUCCCACAGUCGGAUUGGCAUGCCAAAAGUUUGGAGUGAUUUAUAGGCGGCCCAGGGGACUUUUUAUAACAAUUAACGAUCGUCACCAUUCCUAUCACAUACUCAAAAAUUGGCCAGAAAAUGAUGUUAGAGCGAUUGUUGUGACGGAUGGUGAACGUAUUUUAGGCCUUGGAGAUUUGGGAGCGAAUGGAAUGGGUAUACCAGUCGGGAAGCUAGCAUUAUACACUGCGCUUGCUGGUGUAAAGCCACACCAAUGUCUUCCAAUUCUAUUAGAUGUUGGUACGAACAAUAAUACACUCCUAGAAGAUCCGACAUACAUUGGUUUACGUCAGAAACGGGUAACUGGUCAGGAAUAUGACGACUUUAUUGACGAGUUUAUGCAUGCAGUUAUUCAAAGAUAUGGACAAAACACUUUAAUUCAAUUUGAGGACUUUGCCAGUACAAAUGCGUUUCGUCUAUUGGAAAAGUAUAGGGAUGUAUACUGCACUUUCAAUGACGAUAUUCAAGGCACAGCUAGUGUAAUUGUCGCUGGAUUAUUAGCAUGUCAAAAAGUAACAAAGAAGAAAGUAACGGACAAUAAGUACUUAUUUUUGGGCGCUGGUGGCGCCGCUGUAGGCAUAGCCAACUUACUAGUACGUGCGCUUCAAGCAGAAGGGUUGUCUGUGCAAGAAGCGAGGGAUAAAAUAUGGAUGAUUGAUAUUAAUGGAUUAAUAGUCAAAGAUAGGCCUGUCGAUGAGAUGACUAUAAACGCCACAGUUUAUGCAAAAAAUGUGCCCCUUGAAAAGGAUCUACACAAAAUUGUACAGUCUGUUAAGCCGACAGCUUUGAUAGGUGCAUCUGCUGCAGCAGGUGCUUUUACUCCAGCAGUUCUUCGAUCUAUGGCCGAAUAUAAUGAGCGUCCAAUCAUUUUUGCCCUAAGUAAUCCUACUAUAAAAGCUGAAUGUACUGCACAGGAUGCGUACCAGUAUACAGACGGACGUUGCGUUUUUGCAAGUGGCUCACCUUUCCCUCCUGUGGAAUACAAUGGAAAAACUUAUCACACUGGUCAGGGGAAUAAUGCCUACAUUUUCCCUGGUGUCGCAUUGGGUGUGAUUACUACAGGUAUACAUCACAUCAAGGAGGAAGUAUUUCUUCUGGCGGCGCAAGUAUUAGCAUCAUAUGUUACCGAGCAACUUAUUGAAGAAGGAAGUGUCUAUCCUCAUCUAAGUGACAUUAAAGAAGUUUCCUUGCAGAUUGCAACAAGGUUAUGCGAGUAUGGCUAUCAGACAGGUGUUGCAUCUGUUUAUCCGGAACCGAAACAGAAACGUGCCUUUAUCGAGUCUAUGCUGUUCAACUAUCACUACGAGGCAGCUUUGCCUCCUACAUAUGGCUGGCCUAAAGCUCAGGAAAUUAGAAUAAAACCUUUGGAUGCUCAAGAAAUACAAAGGUAGAAACAGGGUAUUAAAAAAAAAUGUAAAAUAUUUCAAAGUUGAUUGAUGUUUAUGUGUUUCGCUUCAAAAGCUAUAAUAAAAAGUAAAUAUCAGCGAUAUGUAAA